GGCGGUGCCUCAGCGGAUUCGAACGGCGGUGCCGGGCGGGCGGGAAAGAGUGACGCGGAAUGGCGGGCUCGGCGGCCUUGCUCCGCCACUGCCCGCUGCUGCUGCCUCAGAACCGGCAGGGGACGGCCUACGAGGGCUUCGUCACCGCGCAGGGUAGAGACUUCCAUAUCAGGAUACUGUUACCAAUGGAUUUUCAACUGAAAAAUGCAAGGAUAGAGUGUAGCUGGCAUCUUAAGAAAAUACUGCAUGGAUAUCAGCAUAUUUUAAAGCAGAGGUUGCACAGUUGUCUGGAUCUUGUCAGUUUUAUGGUGGAGCUGAAAACUAUUUUGGAAAUUGCUUUAAAGAACACGCAAGACCUGCAUCUACCACGGCCGCCAGAAUACUACUCCUGUCUUGUCAGACAUCUAGAAAUGCUGGGUUGGAAUAAAGUCGUGUAUGUGGAUACUGGGCUUGCCACAAUCAAGCUAAAAGCUGAAGAUUCUUGUGGGCGACAGCAUCUCAUCACUCUGAAGUUAAAUGCAAAGUAUCCAUCAGAACCACCGGAUUGCCUUGUGGAUUUUCCUGUUCAGUUUGCUAUUUCUUGGAUGCCACAGAACUCCUUAGUAGACAUUUAUAAUCAAUUCCUGGUGGCAUUAGAAUCGCUGAAAGAAUUCUGGGAUGCCAUGGAUGAAAUUGAUGAGAAGACAUGGGUGCUUGAGCCAGAAAAUCCCACCCGGAGCGCUACAAAAAGAAGAAUCGCAAUAGGGAACAAUGUCUCGGUGAACGUAGAGGUAGAUCCUCGGCAUCCAAACAUGUUCCCUGAGUGUUAUUUUCUUGGAGCAGAUCACGUGGUUAACCCUUUGAGAGUUAAGCUGAACGGCAAUAUACACUUAUGGGAUCCAGAAAUCAGUUUAUUACAGAAUUUGAAAGACCUCUUGGAAAUUGAUUUUCCACCUCGUGCUGCGUUAGAAAAAAGUGAUUUUGCUAAGGACUGUGGAAUCUGCUACGCCUAUCGCCUCAACGGCAGCGCUCCCGAUCAAGUGUGUGAUGAUCCCCGAUGUGGACAACCCUUUCACCAGGCUUGCCUGUUUGAGUGGCUACAAGGUCUUCCUUCAAGCAGGCAGAGUUUUAACGUCAUCUUUGGUGAAUGCCCGUAUUGUAACAAGCCCCUGACACUGAAAUCUUCAACGAAGAAACUCUGAGAAAAAACCUGCGUGCUGGGAACACCGCUGCACUUACACUGAAGGCGUGGACACAGUGACAUCAAAGCAAAUACAAGGAAAGUAGUAUUAGUGGCAGAAGUACAAGUAUAGCUAUACUGUAGUGGUAUGUUUCAUCAGUAAAUGCAAGCCUAAAUAGGAGAGCGAGAGAAGGACGGAUGAUGUCAGAACUGGUUUCUUCUAAUGAUCCUGGAUGAUCUGUAGCUAAGGGUUGAUCUUGUUUCUUUUGGGGUUCUAAGAAUGUUCCUGGGGGGUUGAAUGGUGGUGGUUCUCUUGCAGCGUCUUUCUGCAGGGGAAAAAAAAUAGUAAUAAUGAACUUAAUAUUGAAUAACUAAGAUGUGAAUUGGAAAAACAGAGAUAUCAGAGAUGACAUCUAGGUAUUUAAGUUAUCCUAGAGAGAAAGCCAUACAAAACUUACCAAGUCUUAGCUCUGGCACGUGUGUGUGUACAUACCUCUCCCUCUCUGGGAUAAGCAGGUAUAAGUAUAUUGUAUACAGUAAGUGUAUAACAUUAGGUAUGAUUAAACACCUAAAGAGACAUACUCUUCAUUGCUGAAGUCAACAGCUGAAAUUCUUCUAUAACUUGUUUCAAAAAAUGUUAAUUUUAGAAGUCUUUAUGUGUUCUUGCCAGUAAAGUUUCAGCCUGGAAACCCUA